CGCCAUUUCCAACACUACCAGCACACGAGCAACACUCUGUGAAGCCAAAAAACCCCAUUUCGAAGAUUAAUCUAUUUUCGGAAGCGAUUAAGAUAUAAUGAUGAAAUCGGAAGGAACCAGUGAGCAAUUAAAGUAUAAGGGUGUGAGGAAGAGAAAGUGGGGAAAAUAUGUGUCUGAAAUUCGAUUGCCCAAUAGCAGGGAGAGAAUUUGGUUGGGUUCUUACGAGACGGCGGAGAUGGCGGCGCGUGCAUUCGAUGCGGCGCUGUUGUGUCUGCGUGGCAGUAAUGCUAAGUUCAAUUUCCCGGAUAACCCACCGCCACCGGAGAUAAUCAGAGGGACUUCGAUGACACCUACGGAAAUCCAGGCGGCGGCAUCCCAGUUUGCCCGCUCAGAACCAGGGAAUGUUCAUCCGGGUCGGGUUGAGACUUCGAAUCCCCAAUCGUAUUCUUCUUCUGAUGUACAUGCAGAGUCCCCUUCUCCCUCAGUUUCGGGUAGGGCAAUGCAUAUUGAUAAUGAAAUGACUGAAUUACCCCAUGAAAAUGCAUUUAUGGACCCCUUUUUGAAUAUGGGAACAGGGAAUGAUGUUUCUGAUUUCGGGAUAUAUCCGGGAUUUUACGAUUUUAAUGGCGGUUAUUUUAUGCCACCAUUGAGGCAUAUGGAGUUUGAAUUCAUGAUUCUGGAAGAUGCACGGUUGCGGGCCCACAUUUUUCAACAAAGCAACCUGAAGUACGUUAAGACCGUGAUGGACCAUUUUGACGAGCGACAACGCGAGGACUUUCGCAACUCCCCCCUCGGGUAUCUGGCUGAGGUUCCAGACAUUCAAUUCUCCGCCUAG